AUGCAGGACGAAUUAAAUUCCGGCAGCACUUCUGACACAUCGGUGUCAUCUUCUUCCUCUUCAGUCACCUCCACCAUCUCUUCCGUCUCUUCCACCAAUACUUCUGCCACAAUAGCAACAGACUCUGCACAAACCUCCACCAAGUCUGCAGCAACUGCCGGCGCGGAACCCGCAUCCACGGCACCAGUCAACCCCACACAACCCAAGAAGACGAGGUCUCAGAGCCCCGGUGCUGUUCAGAGGCGGAGGAUCCAGAACAGGAUCGCACAACGAAACCAUCGGCAAAAAGUAAAGGAGAGAGUAGCAGAGGAGAAGGACCGCCUGGCACGGGAGCAGGCUGCAGAGCAAGCCGCCCACCACGCACACUUCGGUCUUUCCAGUCGAAGCAGCAGUGCAGGUAGCGUGAGCAGCAACAGCUCUAUCACAAAUUACCCGAUACACCACCUGCACCCCACUGGUGGCUUCCCUCAUAACCAACACCACCACUCCGGCAAUCUCUCUCAGUCGCCAAUCCAAGUUUCGGCUGCCCGUUUGCAACCACCAGGCACCAUGAAUGCCUUUGGGGAUGACAUGAACAAGAGUUGGGUCCCUGACCCGACCUUGCUGCCGACACCGGACGGUGACCUGGCAGCUUUCGCAAACGAGUACCUGAACAUGUCCUGCAGCUGCAAUAGCAUGACAGGCCCCUGUGCACAACACCGCGAGGAGAUGCGGGUCCAGUUCAUGAGUUUCAUGUCCUCGCCUCAAAACCAGCAGGGAAUGCACAACCCAAAGAAAAGCUCUUUCGCGACCGGCAUGGAGGAUGUGCUCCUGGAGAAGCUGAUGCAGCCGCCACUGCCGAGCCCUCCGCUGUUUCCAGAGAUGCAGACACCGAUUGACUCCUCGAGGCAGUCCAACGGCGCGUCAGCUUUCCGAAGGGGCACCGUGGGCUCGCAAGGCUCCGGCUCGGCGAGUCCCGGAGAUGCCGCCAACUCAGCCGCCUCAGCCACCAACACAUCUCGGUUCAAGGCCAUCCUCACUUUCGUAAGAGCAGCAGGCUUUCCCGACUUUGACUCGAUGGUCACCAGCUACUACACCUCUACUUUCCAGAAGAAUAGUGUUGCCGAGCUUGCUCAACGCAGUUCGCGUGGUCGCAAGCUAGCCAACGUGCUCGAAAGUCUUCAAGAAUCGUCCUCCAAAUGGACCGUCUGGGAGAGCCGCGGCUACCGCGAGAAGAUUGUCGAAUCCGCUCAGGGCAUGUAUACCCAGGAGCUCGAUCAGGUCAUCAGGAAGUCCCGCAGACGCCAGCAGCAUCAACAGAACGUCAUGCAAGCCGGCCAGGACGUCAUGAUGUUUGAUGGCGAGAUGAACUCGGAAGCAUCUUCCGGAUCUGGCGGUGUCCCUGGGAGCAUUGCCUCUAUGGGAGCCGUCCCCGAGGAGAUGCAGCGCGUAUUUCAGGAUAAUUUACCAAACCUCUGGGCCCUCCUCACGGAGCUUGCUGGCACCAACAACAUGCAGUGUGACAGGGUGGCGCUGGCAUCGCUGUUGCUGCUGUACAAUGCCCGGCAAAACCCAGAUGUUGACGUGGACGAGCUGGUUCCUGACUGGCGCAACCCAGAGGGGCUUGUCGAUGGCAGUUGA